AUCAAGCUCUAGUUGGCAAGAAAUCAGAAGCUUUCUCUCUCAAAAAGAAUUCAGACCUUUUCUCUUUCUGUGCACAACUUUGUGUAUCACUACUAGCUAUGGCGUCAACAUUGGCCUUGUCAUCACGAUCACCUUUCCUAGCAAGCAAAGCAUUGGCUUCAGCUAAACCGAAUGGUAUUUCACGCUCAGCCAGCUUCCCUUCACCACCACGUAGGCUGCCGGCGCUGAGAGCUCAGGCCGGUGGAGAUGGCAGUGUGGACGUGGCAGUGAAUCAGGGUAGUAAUAACCAUGGGACUCAAAUGGAGAAGAGGCCUAGUGCUAGAAGGUUGGCUAUGGAUGUUUCACCUUUUGGUCUUUUAGAUCCCAUGUCACCAAUGCGGACUAUGCGCCAGAUGCUGGACACAAUGGACCGUAUUUUUGAAGACACUAUGACACUCCCCGGCACAAGAAGCCGAUCAGGAGGUGAGAUUCGUGCGCCUUGGGACAUCAAAGACGAUGAGAAUGAGAUCAAAAUGCGGUUCGACAUGCCAGGACUCUCUAAAGAGGAUGUCAAGGUCUCUAUUGAGGAUGAUGUGCUUGUUAUAAAGGGUGAGCAAAACAAGGAAGAGAACAACGAUGAUGCAUGGUCUAGCAAGAGCUUCAGUUCCUACAACACACGCCUUCAGCUCCCGGAUAACUGUGACAAGAGCAAAGUGAACGCAGAGCUCAAGAAUGGUGUUCUCUACAUUUCCAUUCCUAAGACCGAAGUGGAGCGCAAGGUCGUUGAUGUAGAAAUCAAGUGAACAGAUAAAAGAGUCCUUCUCGGUUUUGUAUAGGCUUGUUUCUUUUGAGAAAAGAUAAAAGGUGGGAAAGUAGAACCAGUACUACGGAAACUUGUACGAGUCGAAAAGCAUGACCUUAAUUUUCACUCUACCUAUAAACUUUGUAAACUUCCUACUAAAUAAUGGUAAUUAUAAUAAUGGUAAUUAUAGAUUUCUGUCUUGCU